ACCAUGCCCUUCCCAUUCUAAACCUAAAACCGUGGGUGGCCUCCAACGUCUCUCCCUCCACUCCGCGACCGUGACGAAGGAGAGAUAGAAAGUGAACGAGAGAAGGAAAAGGAGUAAAUGCUUGGGGCUUCGAGGCGAUCCGUCUCUGCCGUCGUCCGCGCCAGUAGCGCGCGACGACGAGCGUUGGCUCCCACCGCCUCCACCUCCUCGUCUUGUCCCAACUCGUUAAUGGAGAACCAGGUCAAAGUCCCACAAUUUCAAACCAGAUGGCUUUCUAUGUUUUCUGCAACAAAAACCAAUGACCCAAACCAUGAAAUGCAUCCAAAUCUUCGAAACAGCAUUCUUGUUAGCAACCGUCAUGAGUCAACUGCUACAUCGGCUGAUACAUCUGAUCCGACAUGUGAGGAAUUUGAGUAUCAGGCUGAGGUUAGUCGUCUCAUGGACCUCAUAGUUCAUAGCUUAUACAGCAACAAAGAAAUAUUUCUUCGGGAGUUGAUUAGCAAUGCGAGUGAUGCGCUUGACAAGCUACGUUAUCUGAGUGUUACCGAACCUAAACUUCUGAAGGAUGCUGUUGACCUUGACAUUCGUAUCCAAACUGACAAAGACAAUGGGAUAAUUACAAUUAUGGAUACUGGUAUUGGUAUGACCAGGCAAGAACUUGUUGACUCUUUAGGAACCAUUGCACAUAGUGGAACAGCAAAGUUUCUAAAAGCAUUGAAGGAGAGCCAAGAAGCUGGUGCUGACAGCACUCUAAUUGGCCAAUUUGGCGUCGGCUUUUAUUCGUCAUUCCUUGUUUCUGACAAGGUGGUUGUCUCAACAAAGAGCCCAAAAUCUGAUAAGCAAUAUGUGUGGGAGGGAGAGGCAGGUGCUAGUUCUUAUACAAUACGGGAGGAGACAGACCCUGAAAAACUAAUUCCAAGAGGCACCCAUCUUACAUUGUACCUUAAGCAUGAUGACAAGGGUUUUGCUCAUCCUGAAAGGAUUCAGAAACUAGUGAAGAACUACUCACAAUUUGUUUCUUUCCCAAUAUAUACAUGGCAAGAGAAGGGUUUUACUAAAGAGAUCGAGGUUGACGAGGAUCCUACUGAAGCUAAUAAGGUUGGGGAGGAAGAAUCCAAAGCCGAGAAAAAGAAGAAGACCAAAAAAGUUGUGGAGAGAUAUUGGGACUGGGAGCUCACAAAUGAAACCAAACCUAUAUGGCUUCGCAACCCUAAAGAUGUCACUACUGAGGAGUACAAUGAGUUCUACAAGAAGACUUUUGAUGAGUACUUGGAUCCUUUGGCCUCAUCACACUUCACCACUGAGGGUGAAGUGGAAUUCAGAUCUAUUCUUUUUGUGCCUGCUACAAGAAAGGAUGACAUAGUUAACACAAAGACGAAGAACAUUAGGCUUUAUGUUAAGCGUGUAUUCAUAUCUGAUGACUUUGAUGGGGAAUUGUUCCCAAGAUAUCUGUGCUUUAUUAGAGGUGUUGUUGAUUCAAAUGAUCUUCCCCUGAAUGUCUCACGUGAGAUCCUUCAAGAAAGUCGAAUAGUGCGCAUCAUGAGAAAGCGGUUGGUACGCAAGGCCUUUGAUAUGAUACUGGGCAUUUCUCUCAGUGAAAACAAAGAAGACUAUGAGAAGUUCUGGGAGAACUUUGGCAAGUUUCUGAAAUUGGGUUGCAUAGAAGAUCAGUCGAAUCACAAACGCAUUGCUCCGCUUCUUCGGUUCUUCUCUUCGCAGAGUGAGGAUGAGUUAAUUAGCUUAGACGAGUAUGUUGAGAACAUGAAAACAGAACAAAAAGAUAUCUACUACAUUGCAGCAGACAGUUUGACAAGUGCAAGAAAUGCUCCUUUCCUAGAGAGACUGCUUGAAAAGGAUUUUGAGGUGCUAUUUCUAGUUGAUCCCAUGGAUGAAGUUGCCAUCCAAAACCUAAAGUCCUAUAAGGAGAAGAACUUUGUUGAUAUCAGCAAGGAAGAUUUAGACCUUGGUGAUAAGAAUGAGGAGAAGGAGAAAGAAAUUAAGCAAGAAUUUGCUCAGACCUGUGAUUGGAUCAAGAAGAGAUUGGGAGACAAGGUUGCUCGUGUUGACAUUUCUAGCCGCCUUAGCAGCUCUCCAUGUGUUCUUGUUUCCGGGAAGUUUGGCUGGUCUGCUAAUAUGGAGAGGUUAAUGAGGUCACAGACCCUGGGAGAUGUCUCAAGCUUGGAGUUCAUGCGUUCAAGAAGAGUAUUUGAAAUUAAUCCAGAACACCCUAUCAUCAAGAACUUGAGUGCUGCAUCCAGGACUUCCCCUGAUGAUCCUGAGGCUUUGAGGGCUAUUGAUCUUUUAUUUGAUACGGCUCUGAUUUCUAGUGGUUUCACUCCAGAUAACCCAUCAGAACUCGGUGGGAAGAUAUAUGAAAUGAUGGGGUCAGCUCUUGCUGGCAAAUGGAGGUAUGCAACCCCUGAGGUGCAGCAUGUGCCACCAAGCCAGUCUGCCGGACCUCAAAACCCUGAGGCAUUUGAAGCUGAGGUUGUGCAACCGGUUGAAGCUGGCGGUCAGAAAUGAGAAUACUUCAUUUUGAUAAAUUUUCCAUGUUAGAGUUGGUACAUAGAUAGGUGGGCUCUAAUCAAAGAAGCUAAGCAUGAAAUAGAACAGAACUGAACAUUUUGGUGUCAGGCAUUUAUUUCGGUGGUUUGGGUCAUCAAUGAAACUUGAUGAUCUUUCUUCCUGUUCUCGAAAAUUUUUAAUGAUUGAGUGCAUUUGUAUCAUUUACAAGGAGAAGUUAAACAGAAGUUGGCAAUGGUACCUGAAAUAUUCUUGGAAAGGAAACCAAGGUGAAAGGAUUGAUAGUAAUGGCAAAUUAAUGUUUUAAAUGCAGAAAUGUGUUAUCAUUUAAAAA